GUUGUCUGCCCUGUGUCCACAGCCGUUCUUGCACAAGCACAACUAGUACAGUCCCUUGAACUUGGUUCCCAAAGUUUUUUCGAUUUCAGAAGUAUGGAUGUUGCUGGUGCUCAACAAGUUCAAAAUAAAGUAAAGGAUGAUGUGGGCCAAAGGUGUCAGAAGCUUUUCUUGGAUUUCCUAGAAGGUUUUGAAGUUGACAAUGAAGUUAAGUAUUUGGAAAAGGCUAAAGAACUAGUAAAACCAGAACGCAACACCCUCCAAGUAAGCUUUCAGGAUGUAGAAAAAUAUAACAGCAAUUUGGCAGUCACCAUAGUAGCGGAAUACUACAGAGUUUACCCUUUUCUCUGCCAAGCUGUAUACAGCUAUGUGAAAGACAAGGCAGAGUUCAAUGUUGAAAAAGAACUAUACAUAAGCUUUGUUGAUGUUAGCUCAAAAUACAAGGUCAGAGAUUUAAAGACAGCUAGCAUUGGCUCUCUCUUCCAGAUCUCUGGCCAGGUGAUUCGUACUCACCCAGUUCAUCCAGAAUUAGUCAGUGCUACCUUUGUUUGUCUUGACUGUCAAACUGUCAUAAGAGAUGUUGAACAACAAUUUAAGUAUACACAGCCUUCAAUCUGUAGGAAUCCAGUGUGCUUUAACAGAAGCAGAUUCAUGCUAAAUGUUAACAAAUCCCGGUUUGUUGAUUUUCAAAAAGUCCGAAUUCAGGAAACCCAAGCCGAACUACCGCGAGGUUGUAUUCCACGAAGCGUUGAGGUCAUUUUACGAGCCGAAGCCGUGGAAACAGCACAGGCUGGCGAUAAAUGUGAUUUCACGGGAACGCUUAUCGUUGUCCCCGACGUCGGAUCAAUUUCUCUACCUGGCGCCCGAGCGGAAAGUUCGGCACGAAAACCCGGCGAAGGUCCGGAAUCCGAAGGUGUCCGUGGUCUUAAGAACUUGGGUGUUCGUGAUCUUAAUUAUCGAUUGGCUUUCCUGGCCUGCAGUGUUACCCAAAGCAAUCCUAUGUUUGGUGGCAAGGACUUACAUCAAGAGGAAAUGACAGCUGUAGAUAUCAAGAAUCAAAUGUCAGAACAAGAUUGGAAUCGUAUUUACAACAUGACCCAGGACGUCAACUUGUAUGAUAACUUGAUUAAAAGUUUGUUUGCCACAAUUUACGGCAACGACGAAAUCAAGCGAGGUAUUCUUCUUAUGCUUUUUGGGGGUGUGCCGAAGAAAACUGUUGAGCACACCACGUUGCGUGGAGACACCAACGUCUGCAUCGUCGGGGACCCCAGUACAGCAAAGUCACAAUUUCUCAAACAGGUUGCUGAAUUCACUCCUCGUGCCGUUUACACUUCAGGAAAAGCGUCUAGUGCAGCUGGUUUGACCGCUGCUGUGGUACGAGACGAAGAAUCAUACGAAUUUGUUAUUGAAGCUGGAGCACUUAUGUUAGCAGACAAUGGUGUAUGCUGCAUCGAUGAAUUUGACAAGAUGGAUCCUCGGGACCAGGUUGCUAUUCACGAAGCCAUGGAACAGCAAACAAUCUCGAUCACCAAGGCGGGAGUUAAGGCGACACUUAAUGCCCGAGCUUCGAUCUUGGCAGCUGCUAAUCCUAUUGGAGGCCGAUAUGACCGCACAAAAUCAUUGAAGCAGAACGUGAUGAUGACGGCGCCUAUUAUGUCUCGUUUUGAUCUCUUCUUCAUCUUAGUGGAUGAGUGUAACGAGGUGGUUGACUAUUCUAUCGCCCGCAGCAUCGUUGAUCUUCACAGGAGGAACGUUGAAUCAAUCCAGCGUGUGUAUCAAACCGAAGAUAUCCGACGCUACAUUACGUUUGCCCGAAAAUUCCAGCCGAAGCUCAGUAAAGAGGCUUCUGAAUAUCUUGUUAAUGCAUACCGGCAGUUACGUCAACGUGAUGGUGGUUCUACAUCGUCAGCCUCAAGAAUUACCGUACGUCAGCUUGAGAGCUUAAUUCGACUAUCAGAGGCAAUGGCGCGUAUGUACUGCGUUAGCCUAGUCACAAAGGACCACGUUAAAGAAGCAUAUCGUUUACUAAACAAGUCCAUUAUUCGUGUUGAAGAACCCGACAUUGACUUGGAAGACGCUGAGCAGGCAAACAUUUCAGUUGAACAAGACGAAACUAAUGGCGUGCCUUCAAGUGAAGACACUGAUAAACAAACAGCUAGCGAUGCAACUUCUGAUUCGGCAGUGAAAAAAAAGAUUUCUAUCACUUACGAGAGCUAUAAAGCCAUUUCCAAUUUACUCGUCAUGUACUUGCGACGACAAGAGGCUUUGGAUGAAACCGAAAGUUCACGUAAAAGUGCUCUUAUUAAUUGGUAUUUGAACGAAAUCGCCGAUGAGAUUGAAACGGAACAGGAAUUGACUGAACGGAAACUGCUGGUUGAACGUGUAGUCAGUCGCCUUAUUUACCAGGAUCAAGUUAUUAUUCCAUUGAGCCGAACUGGAUUAGCUGGUAAGGAAGAAGUAACGGAAGAUGAGGAUCCUCUCCUUGUUGUGCAUCCCAAUUUUGUUCUUGAAUAAGUAUUCCUUUUCUUUUUUACGUCUACCUGCGCAUACAUUAUAUUUACUUAA